UAAGUAAUUUGUUUUCCAUUUAUUAAAGGACCACUGUAUAAAACAAAGCAUGGAUGUAGUUUUGUAACUUAUUCAAAAGGCCUAGGUGAAAAACUCCUAUUACUUGUUAAGCCAGUCAAACAACACUUGAAAAACAAGUCUUCAGAUUAUCCUGAUUAUCACUGGAAGAAUAGACUGUUAACUAACUAUAAGGUCAAGAUGUCCUAUCUUUCAAUAAUGAGAAAUGUUAAUGCAUCAUUGUUUAUAAUAAAAAAAAUCUCUCAAGAAGAAAAUUAUUUACAAUAUAACUGACACACUGUUUGCAUUCAUCUGAUAAAAAGGUGCCAUGCACAUAUACAAACAUAUUAUAACACAAUACAAAAUAAACUUCCCUCAUUUCCUCAUUGCUUGUCUGGGAUCAGACCUUUUAUUUAAAGAUUCGGAAUGUAAUUCUCCCAGUUGUUUAAGAGUGUAGAAGGUAAGCCUUGCAAAACUCUACAGGGAAAAGUUUCCAGAAUAUAUAGUUACCAUAAACUGCCUUUCCAAGAAAAGGGCAAAUGUUCUUAUAGUCAGAGAUUUAAAAGAAGUAGAAUUUUACACAUGGACUAAAAUUAUUAUUAUUAAUUUUUGUGGAACUAGAAGUGAUAUUGGUACACAGCAUUUUUUUUCUAUAAUUUGUUCAGGUUUAAGACACUCAUACUGCUGAAAAAGAGGAAAAUGAAGAUAUUGAGUCAUCAAAAAAUGUAGUCCAGUGUGUUCUAACCAUACAGUAAGGCUGAUUUUCUCAGGAGACUUAGUUAUACAGAAUACAGAUUUAAAUAUGUGUCUUCCUCAGCCAGAAGCAAUGGAGUGAGACCAGCCAAGAGCAAGUCAUAUGAUGGUGGAGAGAAUUGCCAAUGCUUUUUUUUUUUUUUUUCCAUUUCAUGUGCCUGUGGAAGGGAAAAUUGGAAAAGCAGACUCAUUUGGAAUGUUAGCUUUUUCACAACCUGUAAAUUGCAUUACAAUAGCUGCUAUAUGCUGUAUUAGGACUAAUUAUGCAACUUCAGUUCUAAUUUUUGAAUUUCCUCUUAAUACAAUUAAUUGAAAAUGUGUUGAAAUAUCCAACACUACUGUUAUUUUCUCCAAUUUAAAUGGAUAGUUGAACUUGGUUUUUCAUUCCCAGAUUGAUUUUGAUUAAAACCAUAAUAUUCACAAGGAAAAAGAGUUCAUAGUUAAAAGAAUAGCAUAAAAUGCUUAUAUGGACAGACUCUAUUUUUAAACUGGAUUGUUCAUUAUCUUGGUAUAUUUUCCCAAGGAAGCUAGUCUCAUUUGAUUUUCUUGUGUGUUUGCAAAAUGUUCAAAAUUAACAGCCAUAUUCUCAGGACUUGGUCAGCCUUUAAUCCCCUAAACAAUUUAUGGAGCUUUCACCUGAUCUUUCCAUUCUGCUGAAUGCAUAGGUGGUUCUGAAGAAUACAGACUUGGCCCAUGCCCUUAAGGAACUGGUCAAAAGAUAAGAUUUGAAGAGUAUGUUUGUGCCAUGCCAAUCAACCAUUGUAAUUGGAAUAAAUUGAGUAUGAUGCCUAACAUUUACUUUGUGCUCACAAUGUAUCAGAAGCUUUGCAUGAAUGACCUCAUAUAAACCUUUCACAGUUUAAGUAUUAUAAAGCAAUUCUAAUUUGGACCUGAGAAUACAGGAGAGUUUAGGAGAGUUAUGUAACAGGUUAAGAUCAAUCAAAGGGACACACACCUCUAUGUCUGCAUCUGUUAUGUCUCUCUGGAUUGCUGGGGCUCCACUGCCAGAAAGAUCUUAAAACAUGCAGACUUGGAUAAUGGGGAACAAGGGCCCAGUUAUAAUCUUGUCCUUCUGAAGGUCUGCCUGGUCACAUCUCCUGACAACUUGUUCCCAGAACAAACUUACUUUGCACAAGCCAGGGCAAUUAGUGGUGAAAAGGGGCUGAGAAAUAUCAAAAUGGUAAGACUGUCCAGGCGGUGGAGUAGCUGCAGGUGUCUCGAGGGCAAGCUGGAAACCUGGGCCAAGUCUUAUCCUGGACCCACAGGAAAGCAGACACCAGCGUCCGCGCAAAGCUAAAACGCUGACCUAAGGACUGCGGCAGCAAGUGAACGUCAACACCGCUGCCUCAAACGCACCGGGACCCCGGGCCCUUCCCCGCGACCCGCGCAGACUGUGCAAGUCUCCACUCUGGGCUGAGGCCCCUCCCAGCCUCACUUCUCUGAUAUCUGCAGCCGGCAAUGGGAGGCGACGCGCAGGAGGCCCGGAGGACGUAAGCGACGCGUGGUCGAGCCUCCAGCCCGCCCCCCGCGCGCCUUCGCUUCUUUUUUUCCCGUGACGCCGCGGCGGCCCCAGCAACCAGCGUUUGCACACUCGCACGCGCGCUCCAGCCUGCUAAGUCCUCCCGCAGCGGGACCGGAAGAUGGCGGCUAUCAAACUCCUCUCCGGCGGGCUACGGCUCUGCGCCUCCACCCGCAGCUCCGGAGGCGCCUGGUCCAAGGGAAGUGUGUGCUACUUCUCUAUUAGUACUCGUCGCCAUACCAAAUUUUAUACAGAUCCAGUAGAAGCUGUAAAAGAUAUCCCUGAUGGGGCAACCGUUCUGGUUGGUGGUUUUGGGCUCUGCGGAAUUCCAGAGAAUCUUAUAGCAGCUUUAUUAAAGACUGGAGUUAGAGGAUUAACUGCAGUCAGCAAUAAUGCAGGGGUUGAUAACUUUGGCUUGGGUCUUUUACUUCGAUCCAAGCAAAUAAAACGCAUGAUCUCUUCAUACGUGGGAGAAAACGCCGAAUUUGAACGGCAGUUCUUAUCUGGUGAAUUAGAAGUGGAGCUGACUCCUCAGGGCACACUUGCAGAGAGGAUCCGUGCCGGUGGUGCCGGAGUUCCUGCCUUUUACACCAGCACAGGGUACGGGACCCUGGUUCAAGAAGGGGGAGCACCCAUCAAAUACAACAAAGACGGCAGCAUUGCUAUUGCCAGUAAGCCCAGGGAGGUGAGAGAGUUUAAUGGUCAGCACUUUAUUUUGGAAGAAGCAAUUACAGGGGAUUUUGCUUUGGUGAAAGCCUGGAAAGCAGAUCGAGCAGGAAACGUGAUUUUCAGGAAAAGUGCGAGGAAUUUCAACCUGCCGAUGUGCAAAGCUGCAGACACCACAGUGGUGGAGGUUGAAGAAAUUGUGGAUGUUGGAUCAUUUGCUCCAGAAGACAUCCACAUUCCUAAGAUUUAUGUACAUCGCCUUAUAAAGGGAGAAAAAUACGAGAAAAGAAUUGAGCGUCUAUCAACCCGGAAGGAAGGUGGAAAAGACAAAUCUGAUAAACCUGAAAGUAAUGUAAGGGAACGUAUCAUCAAACGAGCAGCUCUUGAAUUUGAGGACGGCAUGUACGCUAAUUUGGGCAUAGGAAUCCCUCUUCUGGCCAGCAACUUCAUCAGUCCAAAUAUGACUGUUCAUCUUCAAAGUGAAAAUGGAGUCCUGGGUUUGGGUCCAUAUCCAUUUCAACAUGAAGUUGAUGCAGAUCUAAUCAAUGCAGGCAAGGAAACAGUUACUGUUCUUCCGGGAGCCUCUUUUUUCUCCAGCGAUGAGUCAUUCGCAAUGAUUAGAGGGGGACAUGUCGAUCUAACAAUGUUAGGAGCAAUGCAGGUUUCCAAAUAUGGUGACCUGGCUAACUGGAUGAUACCUGGAAAGAUGGUGAAAGGAAUGGGAGGUGCUAUGGAUUUAGUGUCCAGUGCCAAAACCAAAGUGGUGGUCACAAUGGAGCAUUCUGCAAAGGGAAAUGUCCACAAAAUCAUGGAGAAAUGUACGCUGCCCCUGACUGGCAAAGAGUGUGUCAACCGCAUCAUUACAGAGAAGGCUGUGUUUGACGUGGACAGUAAGAAAGGGCUGACUCUGAUCGAGCUCUGGGAAGGCUUGACAGUGGAYGACAUACAAAAGAGCACUGGGUGUGAUUUUGCUGUUUCACCAAAACUCAUGCCAAUGCAGCAAAUCACAACUUGAAAUAUGGAGUAGACGUUUGCCCCAGGCUGUUAGUUUUUCAAUUUAAGCACAGAGGAUUUAAUUGAAAGAAUGUCAGGAUCAUAAUUGUAUAUUUAACAAGCAGUUUUUGACUAGUUUUUGUCUGGUGUUUCAGGAUUUAUGCAGCCAUAUAGAUUUUGUUCUCUCAAGUGUACUAUGAUACUUUAAUGAAAAACAAAAGGAAAACAUUUAUGAUUAUUUUAUUUUCUAAGUGCUUAGAAGGUUGUCUUUACCAUUGGUGCUCACAUUGGAUGUAUCUUUUUCAUGUGUGCUAUGCUAAGUUAUAUGCAGUAUUUACUAAGAUGGGCCCUAGGAAGAGUUUCAUUGAUAAGCCUUCCCUUAUACCUAAAUUAUGGCUUAGUACUUAUGAAAGAAAAAUAAUAUGUAUGUGAUUAGGAAGAAUACUAUCUUCGUGAUUGUUUUCCCUUCAGUCUCCUCUGAUUUUUUGCCUCCGGUCUGCCUAGACCAUCCUCCUUCCUCCCAUCCUUCUUGUAGCUAAAUAGAUACCCAAGAAAACAAGCAGGGAUGUCUUUGGCAGAAGAAGUAACUUGUUUGUGGGAAAGACCAAAAGGUCUAUUGCUGUUGACACACCAUCAAGAAGCUGCCGUAAUAGACAACCAACCAUCCAUCUGUGCUUUGCCAAAGGCUAAGCUAACUAUGGGAAGAGGGCUAGAAACCUAACUGAUCUGCUAGGACAGUUUUCUCUGUUUUAAACAGUGCACUAUUUCUUUCUAUCUAGUUGGAUCCUUAAGAUUACUUCCCUGUUACAGAGGCCCAGUGGACUACUUAUACAAUACCUUCUCCUAGGUCAAGAAGAAUUGUGGUAAUUUAUCAUGAGUCCUUAAUCACAGUGACAGCAGAGUUAAAAAAAAUAAAAUAAUAAAAGAUACAUUUUUUUUUUUAGGCUCUGAUUUCUGCUCAGAAAAGUUUCUAAAUAUUGAAUGACUUUUCUACAGAGCAGUGGUUUUUCUGCCUAAGCUACUUCCUUUAAUAAAGUACUUUUAAUUCAGCCUUAAUCAAGCCAGGGAAAUAAUGAUGGACAAACCUGAGAUUUGAAGAGUUGGUGAAUUUUUAAUGUUAGGGAAUAGACAUGGCAGAUUAAUCUUGUAAAGGACGUUUCUUCAAAGGUUUACUCAGUACCAGGGGGAUUGCUUCAGAAGUAUCCUGGGCAUCUGAUGGGAGAGAGUCUAGACACCCUGAAACCAGUCCAGACAGCAGGUCUCUGGACAGAGAAAGGCAGAAUACCAUGCAAUAUAUCAUUCCUCUGGCAGGAAUUUAUGCACGUUUUUAGGUGAUGACUGUUAUUGGAACUCACUCCUCUUCAGGUAUGCCUAGAAUUGUGUUAUGUACAAUAUUCAAGGAAGAAGAGAGAUUUUUUUUGUGAGUAGCACACUUUGCACAAAAGACAGCCUUUCUGGCUGACUGCAUAGUACUUAUAAAAAUAAAUCUUAGAAUGUACAAGUUCCACUGAGAGUAAUAUUUAUCUAUAUUAGAGUUGUGAUUUAGAAAAAAAGUUAUGUUAUUAAUGGUUGUUAUAUGUUCAAACUUACUUGUUUAUCAUUCCAGUCUGUUACUUUAACAUGAUGUGAUUCUAAAAAAGUUCUAAACAUUGGCAAAACUUAAAUAGAUGUUUUAAUGUUCUUGAUCAGAGAGUGUAUCAUAAUGUUAAGAACUGCGUUAAGAAAUACAAUAAAGAUUCCAAGUUGAUAGAGA